ACUCACCAGAACCAAGGCCAAGACUCAUGACCAGUCUCGUUACCGUCACCGUGAGGAGCUGCACUUUGUGGACGAGUACGGUCAACCAAUCACUGUGCAUGUGGACGGGAGGAGGGGGCGGGGCCGCAGGAGGAGGCGGUCCCACUGUGCAGUCGAAUGCAGUGCUCCACCAGAAAGACAGUGGGACGCCCUGCGAGUCAUGGGACUGAUGGACGGAGAGGAUGGACAAGGGCCCUUCUAUGGUCACAUGCCCGUGUCACCUGACCUCUACUCUCCCAGCACUCACAUGAUGAUACCACCUGAUGUCUACCCGUCCAACGGUUACCUGAGCCGGGGGUCAGGUGACCAGCAACACCCAGCCAACAGCUACCUGCCCAGCGUCUCCUACAGUCUGGACCACCUGGACCGCCUGGACUACCAGGGUCCGGAGAUGUCAUCAUACCAGCCCAACUCAGAGAGCUGUCUGAUUGGCUGUUACAACACAGAGGAGGUGGAGCCUAAGAGAUUCCACAGACAGCCCGACUACCGUCCAUCCUGGAGGUCCGACCGUCCUCUUGGAUACCUCCCCCUCAGUGAACUCGACAGCGGGUUGGGUUGUUGCCCCGACAGCCCUCACCACCGUGUGGCGCUCUCCGAGGCCGAAACGGACGCCAUGUCAUCUCUGCCGGGCCACACCCCCUCCUCACAGGGCUCCUCCUCCUCCUCUGAGUCUUUGAUCUCGUCGGAACCCAGCGACUCGGGUUUCCACAGCAUCAGCACCGGAGAACAUCGACGCCUACACAAGAUCCACACAGGCCACACCCACCGGCAGACUCAUCACCUCCGCUCGGUACAUUCGCCUCGGGAGCAGAGAGGACGCUGGGAUUUGGAGUCCAUCCCUGAGACAACUCCAGUAACCCACACUGGACCAGCGCAGUCGUCCCGGUGCACCGUGGGCAACAGCACCACCACAACGGUUCACUUUCACAGAGCUGAGAGGAGUCCGACCUUACCCCGACACCGCUCACCGCCGUCGCCUUCCAUUGGUUGUCGUACAGAGCCCUGCCAGCGGAGGGCGCUGUGGUUGGAGCAGCAGCAGGGAGGAGGCGGGACGAUUGACGCUCCAGGGCGGAGUCGAACCAUAACAGACCUGAGCGAAAGCCAACGCCGCCGCCGGGCCAGUCACCCCAACACGACGGACCCCAACCUCCUCAAAACCAGACUCCAGAACAGCCAGACGGCGACGGCAAGCAGCACACUGGGCCCGAGGAGCCGAGCCAGUUACCCCAGCAACACCCACCCCACCGCACACUUGAGCCUCGACAGCAGAGAUCGGUCAGGUUCGUCUGGCCACCAGAGGAGCGCCUCUCGGAGCCGGGAUGAUGACUCCCCCUUGUCCAAGAGCCCUGGGUCGGCCUCCAGCGGGGCGUCAGAUUGGCGUGGAUUUCAGACUCUGGGAAAUCACACCAACAACCCUAAAGACUCCUUGGUCCCAUUCUACAGCACACUGGGAGCCCCCCAGCGGAGCCCUCGCUCUCCGCCCUCCCCCCACUCCAGACCGUCCAAUCAGAAGUCUGUCCGGAACCAGCUGCUCCGAGCGCGGGCCUACCGAUUGGCCCGGGAGCGCAGCGAAGUCACGACGGACGAGGAGGCUCGAGGAGACGGAGGUGGAGGAGGAGACGAGGACAGGGAGGACGGGCGGUUGGCAGGGCGAUACUGGAGCCGAACGGAGCGACGACGACAUCUGGCAUUGUCACGCCAACACCGGGAGCGCAGAGGGGAGGAGCCAACGGGAGGUGGAGGUCAGGGGUCGCAGACCCAGACGGUUCUGGAGCUCAGUCACAUGAAGCAGAACCGGCUGAGAAACAGCAAACUGUUGGACGACUGGACCACGGUGGAGGAGCUGCUGACCCAUGGGACCCGGGUGGAGGCGGACACUCAGCUGUGUCCCAGUCCACUAUUAUCGGUCACCACCGUCUGAGACCGCCACAGACCAGGUCCAGCUCCACUCAGCUGUGUCCCAGUCCACUGUUAUCUUUCACCAACAUCUGAGACCGCCACAGACCAGGUCCAGGUCCAGGUCCACUCAGCUGUGUCCUAGUCUACUGUUAUCGGUCACCACUGUCUGAGACCACCACAGACCAGGUCCAGGUCCACUCAGCUGUGUCCCAGUCCACUGUUAUCGGUCACCACUGUCUGAGACAACCACAGGAUUCCUGGACCAUUACGUGGACCAGAUCUGUGACCUGCAAGGAUGAUCUUGGUCCAGAUCAGACUGAUCCAUGGUUUGGUUCCUUUGUGGACCAGCUUUAAAACCAGAUCCAGGAGGUUCAGGAUCAGACACAAUGAGUUAAAAAUUAGGUGAUUUAACAACACGUCGAGUCAAUGAACCAAUCAGUGUUGAAAACAGAGAUGACAUCAUCACAUAGACGAUGACAUCAUGUAGAUGACAACAACACCGUCCCAUAGACGACGUCAUUGUCACGUAGACAACGAUAUGAUGAAAAGACGUCUGAUCCAAAACCAGAACUCCUGAACCAACUGAAGGCCCAUUGGCCUGGGAGUGCAGCAGUCUAUUUUCCUUUUUUUCCAGACAGUGUCAACAGUUAAUUUCAUGCAAUUUAAUUUUCUUUUUAAUUUGUCCUACAUGAACCCUGACCUCAACCUCCUUUUAGAAAUCUGGUCCAGAGUUUAGGGGGCUGGUCUUGGGUCCAUGUGGUUCCAAAUUAGACCAGUGCAGUAAAGUCCCAUCUAAUAUUAAACACAUAUGUUUACUUUACUUAAAUAAUUCUACAUCAUUUCAUUGACUUUACAUUUAAAAGUGUUAGUUUUUCAACAUACUAAACUGAAAAUACAAACAAAAUGUAGAUUUAGCCCAAAACCAAUUAGUAUAUAAUGAAUAAACUACAACUAUCUUUUUUAAUCUUUCAUUUUAUACUUCAAGUUUACAAAAUAUUAUUGUGAAUUUUUUAUUUUUACCGUGAAUUCAUUGAAAUAAUAAAACUAGGUCUUACUGUGAGUCAAAGAUCUGCCAAAAGACACUGAAAUGUUUGUUUUAUGUCAUAAAUUAAUCAGAUCUAUUUGAAUUAAUGGAAACAAAAGCCUGAAUUCUCUCUUUAUCAAUAAUAAGUAAGAAAUGAUGGAGCGUCCACAUGCAGGUACACGACAAAAGAGGAAAAAGCUGAUCAAACGACAAACCUUUUCCAUCAGUCCA